UGAGUCAUUUGAAACUUGGGUGCCAGAACAAAGUGCUUGCGAACUGCCUCAUGAGACACUGCCUCCAUGUAGGUGGGAUAUACCUCUCAGAGCAGUCACAUUUUUUUCCUCUCCUCUCUCUCCUUCAAGCAGGCAAGAAUUCUGACGUUUUCAAGAGACCAGCUCUUCCCCGGGUGGCUCAAAGGACCCUGCCAUGUGGACUCUGCUCCUCCAGGUGGGGACUGGAGUUUUGAAAUAAAAUGGAUGAUUUGACGUUACUUGAUCUUCUGGAGUGCCCUGUGUGCUUUGAGAAGCUCGAUGUCACGGCCAAAGUCCUCCCUUGCCAGCACACCUUCUGCAAACCAUGUCUACAGAGGGUUUUCAAGGCCCACAAGGAGCUGCGGUGCCCCGAAUGCAGGACGCCAGUGUUUUGCAGCAUCGAGGCGCUACCGGCCAACCUGCUGCUCGUGCGCCUUCUGGAUGGCGUGCGCUCAGGGCAGAGCUCCGGAAGAGGGGGCUCCUUCCGCAGGCCCGGCACGAUGACCUUGCAGGAUAGCAGGAAAAGCAGGACCAACCCCAGACGUCUGCAGGCCAGUCCUUUCCGGCUAGUGCCUAAUAUCAGAAUCCACAUGGAUGGGGUGCCUCGAGCCAAGGCCUUAUGCAACUACAGAGGGCAGAGUCCUGGUGACCUAAGGUUUAAUAAGGGAGAUGUCAUUCUUCUCCGGAGACAGCUUGAUGAGAAUUGGUACCAGGGGGAAAUCAAUGGCAUCAGCGGGAUCUUCCCAGCCAGCUCUGUGGAAGUCAUCAAGCAGCUGCCCCAGCCACCCCCACUCUGCAGGGCCCUCUACAACUUCGACCUACGAGGCAAGGACAAGAGAGAGAACCAGGAUUGCCUCACCUUCCUCAAGGAUGAUAUCAUCACUGUGAUCAGCCGAGUGGAUGAGAACUGGGCAGAAGGCAAGUUAGGAGAUAAAGUAGGCAUCUUCCCCAUCUUGUUUGUAGAGCCAAACCUCACCGCAAGACACCUUCUAGAAAAGAACAAAGGUCGCCAGUCAUCCAACACAAAAAACCUGUCCCUGGUGUCCUCGUCCUCCAGAGGCAACACACCCACCCUCCGUAGGGGCCCAGGGUCCAGGAGGAAGGGACCUGGGCACUUUUCCAUCACAACAGCCUUGAACACUCUCAACCGGAUGGUCCAUUCUCCUUCGGGGCGCCAUAUGGUAGAGAUCAGCACCCCAGUGCUCAUCAGCUCCAGCAACCCUUCUGUGAUCAACCAGCCCAUGGAGAAAGCAGACGUUCCCUCCAGCUCGGCAGGGCAGGUCAGCACUUAUCACCCCGCACCUGCCUCUCCAGGACAUUCCACAGCUGUGGUCAGUCUGCCUGGCUCCCAGCAACACCUCUCAGCGAACAUGUUUGUAGCCCUGCACUCCUACUCAGCCCAUGGACCCGAUGAGCUGGACCUGCAAAGGGGAGAAGGCAUCAGGGUCCUGGGGAAGUGCCAGGACGGCUGGCUCAGGGGCGUCUCCUUGGUCACCGGGAGAGUUGGCAUCUUCCCAAACAAUUACGUCAUCCCUAUUUUCAGAAAGACUUCUAGUUUUCCAGACUCCCGGAGCCCUGGUCUCUACACCACAUGGACGUUAUCCACCUCCUCUGUGUCCUCCCAAGGCAGCAUUUCAGAAGGUGACCCCCGGCAAAGCCAUCCCUUCAAAUCCGUCUUUGUGCCCACUGCCAUAGUCAACCCUGUGAGGAGCACAGCCAGCCCUGGGACUUUAGGACACGGGUCUCUUCGGAAAGGGCGAAGCAGCAUGAGAAAGAGUAAGUGGUGGCAGAGAGAUGGAUCCCUGCAGAGACCCGUCCAGUCCGGGAUCCCCACUCUCGUGGUAGGCUCCCUCAGACGCAGCCCCACCAUGGUCGUUCGGCCUCAGCAGUUCCAAUCCUACCAGCCACAGGGGGUCCCCUCCUCCCCCUCAGCCAUGGUGGUGGAGAUGGGGCCCAAGCAUGCCCCCACGGGGGAGCCCGCCCUCACAUGCAUCAGCAGGGGCAGUGAGGCCCGGAUCCACUCAGCAGCCAGCUCUCUCAUCAUGGAAGGCAAGGAAAUCCCCGUCAAGAGUGAGUCUCUGCCAAAACCACCUGCGUCUGCCCCACCAUCCAUCCUGGUGAAACCAGAAAACUCAAGAAAUGGCAUCGAAAAGCAAGUCAAAACCGUGAGAUUUCAGAACUACAGCCCUCCUCCCACCAAACAUUAUACCUCCCAUCCCACCUCUGGAAAGCCUGAACAGCCAGUCACCCUCAAGGCAUCCCAGCCUGAAGGAGCCUCCAUGGGCCCAGAGAUGACCGUCCUAUUUGCCCACCGAAGUGGCUGCCACUCCGGACAACAGACAGACUUCCGGAGAAAGUCAGCUCCUGGCAAGGCCGCAACCCUGGUGCCCACUUCCUCAGCCAUGCAGACCGUGUUUCCCAGCAAAUGAACCUACGGGUGGCUUUUCCUAGACCCCAAAGAGAGUCUGCCUUGGUCAUCAUCCCAGGAGGAGUUUGUGACAACUGGGAUGCAGAAGAGAGCAAACAAUCUGCUGGGAUGGAAACUGCUCAAUGGAAAGUUUGUGGACUGCAUGAUAUUCCUUGACCAUGAGGGAUGGUACAGGGAUAGCAAUAGUCUGGCCUCCAAGACAGGAGAGUAAUAGGAGGAAGCAAAUCCAUCUUCACCCGCAGAAUUAAUGGGUGGUGGGCCAGAGUUGAGAAAAGCAAGUGAGUCAUAUGCUAUUACAGGUUACACCAGACUCUCAUCCCUCUGUUACUCACUGCUAUUGCCAAAGCCAAACUUUAUCUUGCUAAUUUCACAUAGCUUGGCACCUAGCAAAUGACAAGACAGGACAUCCAAUGCCUUCCAGUUUUGUGGUCUGGCCUGUCUCUCCAGAUCAGAUUUAGAGUGAUGCAGCAGAUGACUUAAUAUUCUCUUUGAUGUUCAAUCUGAAGAGGCCAAUGCUUCAGCACAAUGCCCACUAGCCAUCACCCCCAGCCUGAUUCCCCAUCAAGCAUCCUGCAUCCCUCUGCCACAUCUUUUUUCUUUUCCAGUCUGUCUUUUCGCAUGAUACCUUCUGACCCAAAGGAUUUCUAAUAAAACAUAGUGAUCAAGGAAAUAAAGACUUGGUACCUAAAGAGUCUCAGACAAGAAAAAAAUCCAUGAUGUUAUAAGAAAGAUAUCAAACUGCAAUGCUUACAAAGAGGCUAUUUCAAGUAGAAAGAUAUAAAUAUCACUUAUAACUAUGCAUCCUUUUAUGUUCAUAGAUAAAUCAUCAUCAAGAACAAACCAUUAAAAGACAUUCUCCCCAUUUUUUUAAAAAAUACUACAAUCUAAAAUACAACUUUAAAAUUACCUGUGCUAACCUACAAGAGACAUUGCUCACAUAAGUGAAAUUCAUAAAGACCCUGAGUUAUUUGAACCAUAUAUUUCAUCUUCUCCUCCUCUCUUAAGACAUCAAUAAGAAUGGGAUUUUUUAAAAGCGUAUGCUGCUCUGAUUAUCAAAGACAAUAACACAAACGCAGCAUCACUGAGAUAUGUCACUUGUUUCAAAGUUCAGAUCCUAAUUUUACACGGACACAUCCUCAGUGUUUCAUCCAGCCCUGCUUGUAAACAGGAGCCAGCAUUGGCCAAACCACGAGCACAGUAAGGAUUGCAUCUGAAGGCUACGGAAAUGCUUUCUUCUAUGUGAAGGUGUCACGUGCAGGGAUGAAACUGGCAGCCAUCUUUGAAUGUGAUGAAUAAUUUGGACUUCUUAGCCACACCCUUCUCUCUGUUAACCACAGGAAGAGGUGAUAGUACACCAUAAGAAGCCCCAGGGUUCUGGCUUUAUCUGCCAAGUGGUAGGUGAGAAGGGAAGAGAUGUGAUUGAGCACACUGGCUAUUUACACCUUGUUUUCAAAGCCCUCUUAGUCACAUUUCCAUCUUCAUGCAUUGGCUUCUGCCUUACAAUAGAGCAACAGGAAACCAUCGCUCUUAAUUUUUGCACCUGCUGUUUUCUAAGUCUCUGGGAGCUUUCCAUGAUGCCUAGUGGGGGUUUCAUAAGGAUUUAGCUUUUCCUUUGAAUAAACUAAAUAUUUUCUAAAACACAAAAUGAAGAAUGUGAUUUGUUUCCAGAAGCUUAGAAAAAGCUCCCCACUUUCCUUUUUUUUUUUUCUUGGGACAGAGUCUCGCUCUGGAGUGCAGUGGAGCGAUCUCGGCUCACUGCCACCUCCAUUUCCCAGGCAAAACCAAUUCUCCUGCCUCAGCCUCCUGAGUAGCUGGGACUACAGGUGUCCGCUACCUCACCUGGUUAAUUUUUUUGUAGUUUUAAUAGAGACAGGGUUUCACCAUAUUGGGCAGGGUGAUCUCGAACUCCUGACCUUGUGAUCCACCCGCCUCAGCCUUUCAAAGUGCUAGGAUUACAGGGGUGAGAAACCACACCCAGCCAAGCUCCCCACUUUCUAAAGUUUUCAUCUCUGGACUCUUGGUGUCAGCAUAAAGAUUCCAAAAGAUCAAGGAUCAAAAAGCACUGGAGGUGGCAGGGAGGAGGCAAGAAUGGGCUUGAAUGAUCACAAUGAGUCAAUCAGAAAUGUGCAGUAGAAGAGUUUGUUAAUGAUGUCUGAGUUCCAUCUCCCAGAAUUAUUGUUUCUUAUUACUACACUUUAGGUCAGACGGAAGGGGUGUUAAGAGUAAAAAGACUAAGAAGAAAAUGGAUAAAGAGAAAAAUACACACCUCCAUGAAAAUAAAAGCAGAAAAACUGUAGACUCUUGUCUCGUGUCUCUGCUUAUUUUUCUAAGUACAGUGUUUUAGUAGACCAAAGAGAAUCUUUAUGAGUUAAUAUAUAUGUGAAUAGUGUUUAUAAAAGGGGUAUAAUGUUAGUCAUUAUGGAAUAUUAUAUAAAUAAACCUUGCAUAUAUACAAUAUAUAAAUAUAGAAAAAUGAUUGCUUAGGGCAGUGGACACUUAAGGACUUCCAAACCUUUCAUAUCUUCAUCCCAAAAAAUAGAGAGAUCAGGGCUGGCGGCUUAUUUCCUUCGUAUAUUCCGCUGUAAAGCCAAGAGGUUUGGGGGCUUGUUUGCUGGUUUUGUAAUUUAUAAUGAUCUGUAUGGAUUACUCUGAAAUGUCUGUUGCAUGCGUGUGGGUGUUGUUUACCCACAUGGAGUCAUCAGAGAUUCGUUCCACACUUUGUAUCCUGGAAAACCAAAAGGAAUUUUCUAGUAAGAAGAAAAACAUACAGAAUAUGUCUUCACUGUUGGGUAACUCUCAAAUUUGUAGCACUCCAGAUUUCUUGUAAAACUGUGCUAAUGGGUGUUUAAUGUCAGGGUUAUUGUCUCUCACUUCAAUACCCAGUACUGGAUAAUGUUUCUCCUGGGAGCACAUAUUUUUUUUUCAAGUGCUUUUUUCCUGGACUUCACAUGUUCUUCUAGAAGGUAUCAGAAGUCAUGACCCUAAGCCACAUCCCUUCAGGACCACUUUCUACCAUCAGUUUUCAAAAAACUAUCCACAUGAUCCAUGUGUUAAUUCUGUUUUAUGUUCUGUGAUUCUGUGGUAGACUCAGUGCUUUCAGAGUCCAGAGCUUCACUUGGGUUCGUGGCCCUAACGAAGUGCUAAAUUUGCUCUUUACUACCGAGACUGAUCAGAAGAAGCAAAAGGGGAAAGGGGGCUCCCUUGCUGGAGAGGUCCACUCGCAUCUUUUACAUCAGACGAGAGGAGAACUGUGCGGGAAAUCUGUGCAUGAAACACCAUCUGCUCUUCAUGCAGGGAGGGUCAACCAUGUGAACCUGCAGAGAGUACUCAAGUCUCCUUUGCCAAAAAUGUGUAUUGUUCCCAGAUGUAAGUGUAUGAAGCCCAAUACAUCCUCUAGCAUGAGACAAUAAAACAUGUCUAUUUUCACUUAA